ACUUCCUGUUUGAGUGCCGCAGCUGGAAAAAUGGCAGCUGAUACAGGGAGAUACAGGAGUGCGGUUAGCAAAAACAAAGACCCUUCUGGUCUUCUUAUCUCCGUGAUUAGGACUCUGUCCAGUAGUGAUGAUGUGCAGGACAGGGAGACCGAGAAGAGUCGUCUUGAGGAGGCCUUCGAGACUUGUGAUCGGGAUCUAGACGAGCUGAUUGUUCAGCAUUAUGCUGAACUCACCACUGCCAUCAGGACCUACCAGAGCAUCACAGAGCGUAUCACCAGCUCCCGCAACAAGAUCAAACAGGUAAAGGAAAACCUCCUGUCUUGUAAGAUGCUGCUUCACUGUAAAAGAGACGAGUUGAGGAAGCUGUGGAUAGAAGGCAUAGAACACAAGCACGUUCUUCAGUUGCUGGAUGAGAUUGAAAGCAUCAAGCAGGUCCCUCAACGGCUGGAAACCUACAUGGCAAGCAAGCACUACCUUCAUGCCACAGACAUGCUGGUGACAGCUGUGAAGUCCUUAGAAGGCCCCCUGCUGCAGGUAGAAGGCCUUGGAGACUUGCGUCUGGAGCUUCAUACCAAGAAGCUCAACAUACACCUGGUGCUCAUUGAUGAGCUGCAUCGUCAUCUGUACAUCAAGUCUACAAGUCGCCUGGGGCACAAAAACAAGGACAAAAAUGCUGCUCGCCUUCCAGGCUCCAUGGUCAAAGACGCAUCUCCAAUACCUGUGUUGGAUGUCAGCAGUCUGUCCACCCCACGCAAGCUUUUGGAUUCAUCUCAAUUUAAUGCACCUGGAUCCAGCAGUGUGCAUGAGCUGCAGCAAGAUAUGCGGGACCUAAACCAGUCUGACCUUACUGAGGGGGAUCCAGAGGAGAACACUGCUGAGUUCAUGGGCAUCCUCAUUAAGGGUCUGGCCAAGUUGAAGAAACUUCCAGAGACCAUUAAAGCCAUAAUGGAGCGGCUGGAACCUGAGCUGAAACAGAUUGUCAAGAGGUCCACCACUCAGAUAGCAGACCAUGCUUACCAAAGGGGAGAAAACCUGGCCCAGGAGAGCCAGUCAAGGCUGCUGCUCGAGCUGCUGGAGCUUUUGUUCGAUAAGUUCAAGGCAGUGGCCCAAGCUCACAGUGUGGUGCUUGCCCACCUGAAUCACAUUGUGGUGCAGUGUCCCAGUGGGGCCCAAGAAGAGGGCAUCAAGCUGUACGAGCAAGCAGAUGUCUCUGCUAAGAUCCAGACUGUACUGCAGGUUCUGCUCAUGGAGUAUUUGGAUGUGAAGAACAGCCGCAGUGCCACUGAGCCUUCGGCUCAGCUCUCCUAUGCGAGCACUGGCAGUGAGUUUGCUGCCUUUUUUGCAAAGAAAAAACCACACCGUGCCAAGCAGUCGCUCUUCAAGUUUGAAUCAUCAUCCCAUGCCAUCAGCAUGAGUGCCUACCUGAGAGAACAGAGGCGAGAGCUCUACAGCAAGAGUGGAGAAUUACAAGGUGGUGCUGAUGACAACCUGAUUGAAGGAGGAGAAAUGAAGUUUGUGUGUAAGCCAGGUGCAAGGAACAUCACUGUAAUCUUUCAGCCUCUUCUCAGAUUCAUUCAAGAGAUAGAGAUGAACAUGGGGCCAAGCCAGGCCAAGCAGUGCCAGCUUCGAGCGUUCCUCACUUACUACAUUAAUGAUCUAUUCCUUAACCAGGUGCGGACAGAGAUUAACAAGGAAAUUGAGGCAGUUAGCAAGGCAGCUGAUCCUCUGAAGAUUCUUGCUGGUGCUGAUACCAUGAAGGUUCUAGGUGUCCAGAGACCCCUACUGCAGAGCACAGUGGUGGUGGAGAAGUCUAUCCAGGAUCUAAUGAGCCUGAUGCAGGACCUGAGUGCCUACUCAAACCAGUUCCUUGAGAUGGUCUGCGACAAACUCAAAGAGUACAAAGAAAUCUGCAACACAGCCUACAGGGGCAUAGUCCAGUGCGAGGAAAAGCUGACCAUCAGUGCUUCCUGGGCUAAAGAUGAGGACAUCAGUCGUUUGCUCCAGUCACUCCCUAACUGGGCAAAUAUGGCCCAACCCAGACAGACACGGCAGAAGAGAGAGGAUGAAGAGGACUUUACCAGGGCAGCUUUUGCUAAGGAGUCAGAGGUGCUGACUGGGAACCUUGGAGACAAGUUAAUCCCACAGAAUGAGAUCUUGCGUGACGUCAGUGACCUCAAGGCACUGGCCAACCUUCAUGAGAGCAUGGAAUGGCUUGCCUGUCGCCUCAAGACGUUCUUCGCCACCCUGCCUCAUGUAUCCACUGCAUCUCCAUGUUCAACAGACAGCCAGGUGGUUGGAGAGAGUGAACGCAGCAGGGAGCAGAUUCUCCAGACCUUGAGCGACCUGUCCAGGGGCUUCCAGGAUAUUGCAGACCGUUGUCUCCUAGUGCUGCAUCUGGAGGUCAGAGUACACUGUUUCCAUUACCUGAUCCCCCUGACCAAGCAAGGAAAUUAUGCCAUUGUGGCUAAUGUGGAGAGCAUGGACUAUGACCCACUGGUGGUCAAACUGAACAAGGACAUCUCAGCCAUAGAGGAAGCCAUGGGGGCAGCCUUGCAGCAGCACAAGUUCCAGUAUAUCUUUGAAGGUCUUGGUCAUCUGAUCUCCUGUAUUCUAAUCAACGGGGCUCAGUACUUCAAGAGGAUCAGUGAGUCUGGCAUCAAGAAAAUGUGCAGGAACAUUUUUGUCCUCCAGCAAAACCUCACCAACAUCACCAUGUCCAGGGAGGCAGACCUCGACUUUGCCAGGCAGUACUAUGAGAUGCUGUAUAACACUGCAGAUGAGCUGCUGAACCUGGUGGUGGACCAGGGUGUCCGCUACACAGAGCUGGAGUACAUCAAUGCCCUUUCCUUACUCCAUCGCAGUCAGACAGGUGUAGGGGACCUGAGCACCCAAAACAUCCGACUUCAGAGGCUGAAGGAGAUCAUCUGUGAGCAGGCUGCCAUUAAACAGGCCACCAAAGAUAAGAAGAUCACCACAGUGUAAUGUUAAAGCAGGACGUGGAUUUCAGAGGGGAAUAACCGAUGAAAGGGAACAGCGAUGCAUUUUUUUGGUCCGAUAAGCUCUGUCCGGCAUGUUUUUGUUUGUUUCAGCUCUUUCAAAUUUCUGUUGCACGAAUACAUGUAUAUGGGUCAUAUUUUCAAGACUACAGCGUGUUUAUGGUGUUGCAGGGCGCACAAUAUUUGAGAUUUUGGUUAAAAAAUCCAAAUAGAUGCUUGCUCUAGAAAUGAGAUUGUGAAAAUCUGUUAUUCGAGAGUGUCAUCUGCAUUUCUUUUUUCCUAAAGAUGAUGAAACACUUUAGUCAAGUGUUGACAGACAGAUGUAGAUUAUUUUCACUUAUAUAAGCAAGAGCACACUGACCCGUUCUUGGGAAGGGAGGCAAAAACCUACAUGACUGUAAACCUUGCAGGUCUAUUGGCCCAUUUAUUUAUGACAUAAAGUAACUUAUAUUGUCAAUUUCCACUAUUUAAAUCACAUAAUAAAUGCAGCACACACACCCAGACUCUUAACAGUCCUUUGCUCACUAUGACUACAGCUCCAGAUAAAAGGCGAUUGUCUUGGACACUCACCCGAACUUAGUCCCCAUCUCAUCUCAUUUUCCUAUUAGAUCUAAACUGCUGCUCUCAAUUACACCUCUAUCUCUCCUCUCCUGGCAGCCCCAUGGGCCCACUGAUUCUGUCUGCAAUAACAGAUGCCAGAUUAGACUGUCUGAAUGAGGCCACAUCUUCCGCCUGCUGCCAAUUUGGGUUGGCCUCCUAUGAUUUCCCUAGCUGACGAUUGUAUCAUAGCUAUGGUUGUUAAAAAUCUGUUAUCUUUUUUCUUAUAGUCCAUGCAGUAAACUCGUGCAACUAUUGUGAAAAGUUGCGAGUCAGUUAACAUGUUAUUUUGCAAAUUGGACGAAAGAUACCACAGUGGAAUGAUCGUGCACUUUUUGUGUUAAGGCAUGUGUGUGGCAGCACAUUUCUUCUGCUGUACUAGCUGAACAAAUCAAAACUAUGCAAUGCUGAAUCUUUAUUUUGCCAUCCCCACUACAUGUGCUCAAGUCCUGUAAAUUGAACUAAAUGUAUAAACUCAAGAGACGAUCACAAAUCAUUCCCUUCCCCACAAUCCUCCUUGUUUUUAGUUCAUUAACUUGGGGGGGAAAAGUACUUAACGAGAGGAGGAGAGGGGAAUGGGAGCCUUGUCAAUACACUGGGCCCAGCUCUGGUCUCCCUGAAGCCCACAGAGCAAUCCAUCAUAAUGACACAUAGGCUGGGAUCGAUGGGAAAACAACUGCGGAGCUGCUGAGUGGUUCGCCUACCACUCUGAAACGUACACUUGGUGUAAAAUCUAAAAUCUGCUCAUUCAUCUGUUCACUUCAGAGCUACUUUUGCAAUGUUAUACAUGGAAAACUUUAUUUCAAUGCUAAAUGACUGUGUCAGGGCCGCGCCAUUCACAGAUGCUGUUAGACUGCUAACAGCAUCUGUUAUGCUGCACAAAUAUAGCCCAUAAAAAUCUGGAAUAAUACCCUUAUAUGUGAGUGAUAACUACUUGUGUCCAUCCUUUUUAUUCAUGAAUUACACUUGUAAAAAGGUUCUUUUACAGUUACUCCUAGCUCACCUGCUUUUCUUUGCAAUCGGCUUGAAUUUUGCACAUCUGUUUAUGGGACUAAUUUUAUGUUUUGCAUAUUGAAUUCCAAUACAUUAAACUGCUUUAGUGUUAUAAAAGGAUUACUAGUUUAUCUGGUUCUCAAGUGUCAUAAAUGCUCUGAAAUUUGUGUCUUCUAAAUGAAACAUUCAUGAUUUGACAGUGCGCACACUAAAAAUAAAUUCUUCAAAUUCCA